AUGAGGUACAGCGCCGGAAAUGUCUGGCGCCGUGGGUUAGCACUGCUGGUAGUCCUGUUAUCGAGCUGCAGUGGAUUAUACGAGGACCAGAUAGGGAAAUUUGAUUGGCGACAACAGUACGUCGGAAAGAUAGUUGAUGGUGCCUUCGAUACCUCAUCAGUUGAUCGGAUCAUUGUUGCGACUGAGAGCAACGUGCUUGCGGCAAUUAGCGCCAAAACUGGUGAUAUUCUCUGGCGCCAGGUGCUUGAAAAUGGUCCCCGUGGCACGAUAAAACUACUGCACGUCACCAGUCCCUCAGCAACUGGGGCGAGAUUGAACAGAGGUAGUACUGGCUAUGAUGUUAUUACCGUCACCGGCAGUAAUCCGGCCCUAGUACGCGGAUGGAACUCCAACCUGGGUACGCUGGAAUGGGAAUGGUCGCUGCUGCCAUCGGUUGCGGAAGAGUCUGCAUUGGCAGCGGUUUGGUUUGAGCACGAUGGACUCCUGUAUCACGUCGUGCCUGUUUGGGGAUCGCAUCUUGAAGUGACACCGUAUCAAGCGGUUUCCGGGCAACAAGCACGCACAACAACAAGCCGCAUUGCAGCUGGUUGGAUUGCAAAGGACCGUUGUACGCUGGCCGGUACAUUUUUCGCUUGCGGCAUCAAGGAACAGAUGCUCGCUUUGGAUCUUGCCGCGGAUGCUAGCAGCACGGUCGUGUCGAAGCCACUCGGUGCCGAAGCUAUUGGACGUCCCAGAGCAGUACGUGGAGAACCGGCUGUCAUCCAAAACGGACGGUACUAUUCGUUGCGCUCCGAUCAAAAACUUACCUUUGGGUCGAGCGAUGCUGCACUGGUAGAUCGUAUGGUGCAAGAAGGUGAACCGAUUCUUCUUCAAGGUAUGAUCGAUCGAGCGACCAACAAGCUUACAGUCAAUGCGCAUAGGUUGCGUGAUUUUGUGCGCUUCGAACCGAUCGAAUUCAGCACGGAAUUUAGUGAAACGUUGGGCGAUCCGGAAUUGGUGGCGAUUCGUUGCAAACAAUCGUCCGGUGGUGGUUCAUCGAGAGUCGCCACUGGACUUGCGUGCCGCGUACUACUGUCCACCGAGGAUGGUGCCAUCGUGCUAGUGCAGCAAGGAAAAAUUAAAUGGGUGCGUGAGGAAGCACUGGCCGAGGUGGAAACGGCCGAUUUCCUUGACCUGACGCUUUCCGAUGCCGAGGGCGCGAUUGAGGAGGAACUUAACAACAAAAAUGCAGAAGAAAAUGGGCUGGAAUGGGAUGUUUUUGGAGCGUUCCAGCGUCGCAUCACGGCCCAAUUGUCACACGUGAAAAAUUUAAUCCUACACGUCCUAGGCGUUGGACCGGCCCCUUCCAAAGCCCAACGAGCUGGACUAGUAAGAGAUGAUUUUGGUCUGCACAAGAUGCUAAUAGUGGUCACAUCCAGCGGGAAAAUAUUUGGCAUCGAUAAUGUAUCGGGCAAACAUCACUGGGUACGUUAUCUGCCCACCUUUACCGGGUUCGGCAAUGAACAGCCAAUGAAACUGUUAGUUCAACGCACGUCACGCUUCUACCCAUUGCCGGCCCAAUGUGUCAUACUUGGGCGGGAAAAGAGCGACACAAAAAAGGCACUCCUGUACGUGUUCAAUCCCAUCACAGGCCAACCGGUUGCCGGUGGUGGUUUAAUCGAGUUGCCUUACCGCGUACAGCAGGUUGCUUUGUUGCAUCAAACGGGUGCCGAUUUUCUGAAAGGCAUCCUGCUGCUGGACUACGACAACAAAGCACACGUGGUGCCGGAAUCAUUGGCAGUACAUGCGCACAAUUUCUAUCUCUUCACCACUUACCAGCGGAUGGCACAGAUGCGUGGCUUUCUGGUGCAGUACCGUGCCGGAAAGCUGGAAACCCUUCCGACCUGGCAGAUCGAUCUGAGUGGAGCAAGCAAAAGCCAGCAAAUUAUCGCAUGCGAAGGUAAAAGUCCUAUCGAGCAUGUGCACUCGCAGGGUCGCGUCAUGGCCGACCGGUCGGUACUGUACAAGUACAUCAAUCCGAAUCUCGUAGCCGUUGCUACGAACGGACCGGAUAAUAUUCAUAAAUACAUUUUGAACGUCCAUCUGGUGGACGUUGUGUCCGGUUCGAUUGUGUUUUCAAUGUCGCAUAAGCGAAUUCGUCCUCCGCUACACAUGGUACAUUCGGAAAACUGGUUAGUUUAUUCGUACUACAACGAUAAAGCACGUCGAACGGAGAUCACCUCGAUCGAACUGUACGAGGGUAAAACACAAACAAACAGCACCGUCUGGAGUUCGCUCGAUGCACCGCCGCUUCCGAUGGUGGAACGACAAUCUUACAUCCUACCGAUGGCGGUUGCCGCACUGAAGGAAACCAUCACCGAGAAAGGCAUCACCAGCAAACACAUUCUGAUCGGGCUCACGACCGGGGCCGUGGCCGAAAUGUCCUGGGCACUGUUGGAUCCACGCCGACCGGUCACCUCGCCAGAGAAGGCACGCGAAGAGGGCAUCGUACCGUACAUGCCGGAACUUCCGCUACCGCACGAAAUUCUGAUCAACUACAACCAGACGGUGGCACACAUUCGCGACAUACAUACCGCACCGUCCGGUUUGGAGAGCACCUGUCUGGUACUGGUGCACGGACUCGAUCUGUUCGUGACACGCGUUUCCCCCUCGAAAACUUUCGACCUGCUGAAGGAAGACUUUGACUACUUCCUCAUCACGGUUGUGCUUGUUGUGUUAACCACCACGUCCUUCGUCGUGAAGCAACUCGCAUCGAAAAAGCUCAUCAAGCAGGCGUGGAAGUGA